GUGUACCAGCGCCGCAGGCGGAGGAUUAGCCUAUUGAGCCGCGGUGCCGGCCCCUCCUCCAUCUCAAUGCAUAGAAGAAGCCAACAUCUCUGAGUUGGAUAUAGCCAGAAGGCUAUCACUUUGAACUGUGGAUAAAAUCAAUCUUUGUGGUUUGGUGCUUAAACUUUUCUUUUGAAGCCCUUAGAUUCAGCAGCAUCUCCUGCAGGCUAUAUACUUCAUCUUGUUCAUCAAAACUUUGAGAGCAGAAGCAUCCUGUGUGUUUCUAUUUUAGAGUUGGAAGGCACCCCGAUGAUAGUCCAGUUCAACUUAUUUUCCUAAUUUCAUGAAACACUUAGUGAGCACCUGCUAACUACUAGAUAUAGGACAAUCCUGGAGGUACAGAGAAGGAUAACAGGUGAUUAUCCAUCAUGUAGCCUCUGUCAGCCUCAAAUGCUAGGCCUCUCACUGUUUCACAAGUCCUACAAUGGAACUAGCUCUAAUUCUACGUUGUAGAAAGUUCUGGCACUGAGCAGAAGUCUCUCUCCCUUAACUGUGUUUAAUUUUGGCAUCAUGAGCAACACAGGGUACUUCUUUUCCCUUUAACAGCCUUCGUUAUGUGAAGACUCUGAUGAUACCUCUUACGUGCUUUUUGUUUCAACCCAAGUGUACUAGAUUUCAGUUGUUUUCUUCUGGUUUUCAGAAUUGUCACCAUCCUGAUCCUUCUUUGCUGUGCAUGCUUUGCUUUCCAGAGUUCACCUGAGAUAUGAAUCUUGGUUUUUGGUUCUCAUUGUGUUGUUGGCAGUGUCCUGAUAAGUUUCAGAGAAUUUAUCCUUAAAGAUGCCCAUCAUCCACCUGGAAUGGCUCAACAGUACCUUCCCAAUAGAAAGCUUCAUUUACUUAAUUCUUUUUUAAAAUUUUAUUUAUCUAAAUGUUUUUUUCCUGAAGUUUAUUUAUUUGAAAGGCAGAGUGACAGAGAGAAAGAUCUUCCACUUGCUGUUUCACUACCCAAAUGCUUGCAACAGCUGGGGCUGGGCAAGGCCAAAGCUGGGAGCCAGGAACUCCAUUCACAUUCUCCCCUGUGGGAAGCAGGAACCCAAGUAUUGAGCUAUCAUCUCUUGUCUUCCAGGAGAUCCUUGGUUUUUCUAAUAAUUAUUGGGAGUUAAGAAGAUGUAGACCUAAAUUAAAGAAGCUAAAGAAACUUUUGAUGGAAAAUACCUAUGAAGGACCUGACAGUCAAAAAGAAAAGGAUUCAAAUCGUUCAAAAUAUACGACUGAUGAUUUGCUUGAUCAAAUUCAGGCAAGUGAGGAUGAAAUAAUGACCCAGUUGCAAGUUCUAAAUGCCUGUGAGAUUGGAGGUUAUUGGAGAAUUCUUGAAUUUGACUAUGAGAUGAAACUUCUGAAUCAUGUAACUCAGCUUGUGGAUUCUGAAUCUUGGUCGUUUAAUAAAGUUCCUUUGAGUACAUGCCUUCAGGAACUUGGACCACUGGAGCCAGAGGAAAUGAUAGAACACUGUCUUAAAUGUUAUGGAAAGAAAUACAUAGACGAAGGUGAAGUUUAUUUUGAACUGAGUGCUGAUAAAAUAUGCAGAGCAACAGCACAGAUGCUUCUCCAGAAUGCAGUGAAAUUCAAUCUUGCUGAGUUUCAAGAAGUGUGGCAACAGAGUGUCCCUGCAGGAAUGAUAACUAGGCUCGAUCAGCUUAAGGGUUUAGCAUUGGUUGAUAGAAAUUCAAGGCCAGAAAUCAUAUUUUUGCUGAAAGUUGAUGACUUACCUGAAGGUAAUCAGGAACGUUUUAAUAGUCUGUUCUCUAUAAGAGAGAAGUGGACAGAAGAAGAUAUUGCUCCAUAUAUUCAAGAUUUAUGCGGAGAGAAGCAAACCAUAGGUGCAUUACUCACUAAAUAUUCUCGUUCUUCGAUGCAGAAUGGUGUCAAAGUUUAUAAUUCAAGAAGACCCAUUUCUUAAAGGAACAACAAUCUUUUCUUUGGAACUAAAGUUGCUUUGUAAAAAUCCUGGAUAUUAAAGGAUAAAAAUAUCCUCUUCUGCAUUUUUAUUUCUGACUUUGAAAACUUAGUCUCAUGGCAUUUUUCUCCUUAUCUUAAGCAUUUUGAAACUACUACUCUUCUUUAUUAAGUUUAAUAUAUUACUUUUGCACACAUAAAGUAUUAUUUUUUGUGUAUCUCUGAAGAGCACAUUGUUUUAUUUAUUGAAAGAGUUUAAUUGGGGCUGGCACUGUGGCAUAGCGGGUAAAGCCACCGCCUGUAGUACUGGCAUCCCAUAUGGGCGCCAGUUCAAGUCCUGGCUGCUCCACUUCCAAUCCAGCUCUCUGCUAUGGCCUGGGAAAGCAGAAGAUGGCCCAAGUCUUUGGGCCCUGCACCCACGUGGGUAGACACGGAGAAAGCUCCUGGCUCCUGGCUUUGGAUCUGCACAGCUCUGGCUGUUGCAGCCAACUGGGGAGUGAACCAGUGGAUGGAAGACUUCUCUUUCUGUGUAACUCUGACUUUCAAAGAAAUAAAUCAAUCUUUAAAAAAAAAAGUUUAGCUUUUUAUAUUUAAAAUCCCAUUUCUCUGAUUAAGAUUUGAUGUCUGGAGCUGGCCCUGUGGCUCAGCAGGUUAAGCAGCCUUGUGCACUACCAGCAUCCCAAAUAGGCCAGGUUUAAGACCUGGCUGCUCUACUUCGAAUCCAGGUCCCUGUAAAUGCACCUGGGAAAGCAGCUGAAAAUGGCUUAAGUGCUUGGGCAGCCCUGUACCCACAUGGGAAACCUGGGAGAAACUCCUGGCUCCUGGCUUCAGCCUGGCCCAGCCCUGGCCACUGAUGGCCAUUUGGGAAGCAAACCAGUAGAUAGAUGAUCUGUCUCUCUCUUUGUCUCUAAUUCUGCCUUUCAAAUAAAUAAAUUAACUUUUAAA